AUGGAUUUCAACAAACCGGCGCCCUUAAAAUUAAAUGGUAAUUUAAAUGACAAUUUCAAAUUAUUUAAGCAAGAAAUUCAAAUCUAUCUUGUGGCUACUGAGACCAAUAAGAAAAGUAAAGAUGUUCAAGUGGUGCGUUUAUUGAAUUUACUUGGGCCGGAGGGUUUGAAACUCUACAACACUUUUAGCAUUGAAGUGAUUACUGUUGAGAAUAUACUAAAUUCACUUGAAGAAUAUUGCGUGCCUCGCAAAAAUGAAAUUAUGGAACAUUAUAAGUAUUUAACUCGAAAACAAGGAGAAGAUGAAAUGUUUGACAAGUUAUACGUUGAUCUUCGUGAGCUAAUCAAAUCAUGUUCAUUUGGUGAAACCGAAGAUGCACUUUUACGUACUCAGAUUGUAUUGGGUGUAUUUGAUAAGGAACUUCAGUCCAAAUUGCUGAGAGAGAAUUUAUCUCUUAGUAAAGUAGUAAAAUACUGUCAAGCAGUUGAACAGGCUGAGUUACAUCGUCGACUAGUUCAAAAUGAAAAACCCAACCUCGAUCAAGUUUAA